UGAUACGUAUACAUUCAUCACCACCUGCCACUCUAUACCAUACACCAUGUUCGCAGCAGCCUCAAGCCUCUUCUCAAAAACAUCGUAUCUCUCUGCAUAUACUCUCAACUCGCCAUUCUCCUCCCCGUCCACCUCGUCCACAAACCUCCCCUCAACUUCCACACAGACACCGUCCUCUUCUUCCUCUUCCGGCUAUCAAAAACCGUUCAACGUCGGUCUCUGGAGAGUCACACCCGCAACACACAAAACAACAGGCAAAGAAGUCUCUGUAUGGAUAUUCGAGAAGCGAGCGCUGGAAGGUGUCAAGGCCGGAGUUGGGUUUGGCGGGAUGGGAGGGAAGGAAUGGGUUUUAGAGCAGCUCAAAAAGGAAGCUUCUUCACUCUCACGGCUCCGGCAUCCCGAUAUCCUGCACAUGGUCGAACCACUUGAAGAAUCGCGUUCUGAACUAGUCUUCAUCACCGAACGGGUCACAUCAUCCCUCUCGUCCCUUGCUGCUGCCGCUCGUUCAUCUACAAACUAUCGGCCAGGUCGCCCGCCCGCUGCCGAUGAGACAAAUACGAGUGGGAGAGGGGAAGGCGAGUUGGAUUUGGAUGAGGUAGAGAUUCAAAAGGGAACUUUACAGCUGGCUAGGGGUCUGGGCUUCUUGCAUAACCAGGCGAAGAUGGUACAUUUGAAUUUGGGACUGGAAGCGGUAGUCAUCAACUCCAAAGGAGAUUGGAAGUUGACUGGCCUUUCACAUACGACUCCUCUGACGCAGCCUGAUGGCUCUGCAACCAAAUAUGUUUACCCCGAGGUCGAUGCCAGAUUACCACCCCAAGUCCAAUGGAAGCUCGAUUACCUCGCUCCUGAAUACGCUCUCGACUCAACGUUGUCUGCAUCAAACGACCUCUACUCCCUCGGCUGCAUCCUGUAUGCUGUCCACAUGGGAGGUAAACCUCCGUUCACCAACCGCGGAUCCAUGCAGACUCUGAGGGACAACGCAGAAGGAAAACUUUUAAGACGGGAAUGGGCAGCUGGAAUGAGAUGGGAGAGAUGUAGCUCCGAGCUUAAAGAUCUCUUACCCCGCCUUCUUACACGACACCCAUCCACAAGAAUCUCCCUCCUUUCUCUUCCUUCCCAUCCGUUCUUCUCAUCGCUUGCAAUCUCCACACUCAAUUUCCUCGAUCCGACUACAUUUGCAUCAAAGCCACGUGAGGAGAAGGCUACAUUUUUGAGGGGCUUGGUAAGGGUUGUGCCGACAUUUUCUGAACGUUUGCGAAAAGGUAAAGUGUUGCCUAGUCUGUUGGAGGAGAUGAAAGACCCGUAUCUUUUGCCUUUUAUUCUGCCAAACGUCUUUGAAAUCUCGAAAGGGUUGAGCAAAGACGAGUUUUCAAAAGUGUUGAAUAAGCUCCGACCUCUUUUCACAUUGAAGGACCCUCCCCAGAAUAUGCUGACCUUACUGGAGCACCUCGGCCUAUUUGAAGAAAAGACGACCCCUCAAGUAUUCCGCGAAAACGUCAUGCCUCUCAUCUACAAUUCUCUCGAAAGCGAGCACCUUCCCGUACAAGAACGCGUCUUGAAAGCCAUCCCUCAUCUAUGUGAAAUUCUCGAUUACGGCACCGUACAAAACGUGCUUCUUGUCAAAGUUGCGAUUGUGUUUACGCGGACGAGGAUAUUGAGUGUUAAAGUGCAGACAUUGGAUUGUUUUAAAGCAAUGGUGGGCACAUUGGAUAAAGCGACUCUGACGAGCAAGUUGGUACCGCUUUUGGCCAAAAUCAAGACGAAGGAACCUGCUGUCAUGAUGGCAACUCUGGCGGUGCACGAAGCUAUGGGCGCCAAGGUUGAUCGAGAAGCGACUGCAACUCUUGUAUUGCCUCAACUUUGGUCUAUGUCUAUGGGUCCCCUACUGAAUGCCGAGCAGUUUGGAAAAUUCAUGGCCGUAAUCAAAACCCUAGGCGCUCGUGUCGAAGCAGAACACAUGCAACAUCUCCGAGAUGUACAUCGUAUUGAAGCACAAACAGCCAGCUUGGCAGCUGCCAAUGCUGCUGCGCUAAAUGGCAGCUCCUUCGGCGGUGCUGGACAGAGUAACGGUAAUGGUGGUGGGGACGUCGACUUUGAAGCUCUUGUUAGAGGGAACGGCUCAGGAAUGGGAUCUUCUGAGUCGGUGAUGCCCACAGUCGGAAUAACAGGCGUCACGGACCCCUGGGACGAUGAAGGCUGGUUGAACGAUACCCCAUCGACGGCAGCGGCAAAUAACAAUGAUGGUGGAUUAGCAUCUGCUUUCCCCGGUUUGAGCUUGAGUGUUAACAAUACAGGCAAUUCGUUCCCUAUCACAACGCCAGCUUCUGUGUCGCCUAGGCCUUUGUCGAUAAACUCAACUGGUACAUCGCUCAAACCGAGCACAUCCACCACAAUUACCACCGCCUCAAUCAAAUUGAAGGCCAGGCCUAUACCUGCUUCCUCAUUCAAUUCGGCGGCGUUUGGGUCUUCCACUUCGUCUGGUAGUAACAUGUUGACACCCAUGACAUCGACGGGAUUACCUCCGCUACAACCCACCACAUCGUCUUUCGCGCCUCUUCAGCCUCAGAUUCAACCUCAACCGAGUCGAGCUCCGUCGUAUACUUCAAAUGUUUCCUCACCAGGAUCAGGUCCGAACUACAACAUCUCCUUGACCUCGCAAUUAUCUGCUCAGUCCCAAUCUCAAUAUCAAUCCUCGUCGUUGUCGUUCAUGUCCCCUCAAAUAUCACAACCUCCUUCCUUCUCGCAACCAGCACUUGCGCCGGCUCUAGCUCCUCAACAACAACGUCAACAACCACAGCUGCAGGCUCCGGCAGCACUGACAUCGCCCCUUGCUCCACAGUCGGUAGUCUCCCCACCACCGGGUUGGUCUACGGGUGUUAUGCAGCCGACUGCAGCGCCCAAACCUGUCUGGGGGAAGGCAUCAGGAGGAACAGAAGCGUUGGACUGGGGAGACUUGGAUCCUUUGAAGUAAAGGUUCGCGAAUGAAUGAUAUAAUAGAUUUUUUUCGUCGGGGCUGUGAUGGAUCGGGUUGUACUGUAUCCAUGUAAAGAAGAUGGAGAAAGGUAUGGUGCAGGAUACCAUGUUAUUAUACCCAGUAUUGACGUUAUACCGAGUAUUGACGAGCAUAGUAAUGCAUUUAGAUGAUGA